GGCAAACAUUUCUAACUGCGUCAAGAGUAUAAGAGCUCAGCUCAGACAGGACAUUUGCUGAGAAACCAGAGUUGGGCUACAAGACAUUGUAGGCUACCAAGAGUUGAAAUGGGUCUUCCAGCUUUGGGUUUGAUACCGUUUUUGGGGCCCCUUGCAUUUCCAGUAGCAUUGGGAACAGUCGCAGUAGGGGGCUUUAUAUUGAUUAAGGCGAUUCAUAAGAAACCUUCAUAUCAUCCAGGAAGUCCCAUAAUAACACGUUCCGUGAAGGUAAAGUCAAAUAAAGCUUCUGGAAAUGAACCCACUGGAAAUGCUGCCAGCAAGAAGACAGAAGGACAGCAGAGCUGCGAUGAAACUACCAUCAUAAUUGCUUACGGCCUUGGAGAGGUUGACACUUAUAAAAAUGUUAAAAAAGGUAGACCAUCUCAGUUUGGUCCGGGUAACUUUCGCAUGGCAGAGGCAGACCAUAUUCCACCAUUGGCUUCUCUGAGGAUAGCCCGAAACCAUGAACGACUGGAUCGUCUCCGACAUGUGAAUCCAAGGCUUCAUGAGAUGAUCAUGAGCCUUGAUUAUGACCCAACUGGACAGAACCUGUUAACCAUGAGGGUCCUUUACCAGGAUCACAGAGAUGCGCUGACUACUGGAAACAGCAGGGAAUCUCAAGUAUCCAGUCGUCUGCUGGCAGAGACAAUCGUAGACGGAGAUGCUGCACUUAUGCUGAGGAAGGCUUUUAUCAUGGGUCAUCCUAUAUCUUCCCGGCAGCUCAGAGAAGACGCAGGAUUGGCCGCGUCAUAUACCGAUGGUAACAUUGACAUGUCUGAUGAAGGAACAAGGCACUACUACAGAUAUGGCUACAUUGAGCUGGUCGAAGCAUACCACAGGAAGGGGAUAAUCAACGAGAAUCAAGCAAAAAAGCUCAUUUCAUGGGUGGAAAGAGAGAUGCACCUGGACCGGGAUACCCAAGAGUAUAAGGAGAUCCUUGAUUACAUUAAACGUCAUUUUUGUGUUUUCCGGUGGUAGAAAUGGCAAACAAACUCAGACAACACAGAGUAAAUACAGAUUGUGUAAUCUAACAUGCUGACCAGACCGGACACGCCGCGAGCGAACGUCACAAAAUACAUUUUAAAUACAUUUAUGUACGAUAGCGCACGUGCAUAGAUGUUUGGGUCCGUGUAACGGGAGUUCCCAAGUUAAAAACGUUUCUAUGAUAUGCAAAUGAUGGAAUUCAGUAUAGUUGGAUUCUAGUUUGAAAUAUACUAAUUCACGUUGCCAUUCUAGAACUUGUUGAUUAAUUUGCAUGUAUAAGGAAUGCAUAUGCUGGGGUCAAGGAAGGGUAGAUAGGGACUUAUGGAAAGUUACAGUGUAGAAAGUUCAUAUUCUGCUCCAUGUUUCUAAGGAGGGAGUCGAAGGGCAAUAGUUAGUCUCUGAUAAGGCAGGCCAGCUGAGGAACUAGGGAGGGGCGAGGAAUGCAUCUCGAGGUCAAGUCAACAAAUGAAGUGAUAAGAAACCUCUGGGAGGCAGGCCAGAGAGACCCACCACAACGACUCUCCUACUUAUGAGGAUUCUGUGUUAUGCACUAUAGCCUGUUACCAUAUAUGUGAUUGAAUAUUAUCUGCUGUUGGCUUGUGUGGAUGUAUGUGUUAUGUAACAUAGCUGACUUGAAACAUUGUUAACAGUUUCAGGGCCAUGGGCCUUUCUCAUGAUGGAAAAAUACAGAAUAAAAACGGACACAUACAGAACGUAGUGUAGCAAACCACAGACUGUUUUUGUUAGAACUCAAACUUAACAAUAACAGAAACCAGAUAUGUGAUAACGGUAUCUAGGGAAUGAGCGCAUAGAUACUCGACACAGCAAGUUACAUCUAUCAACUGGAGCGCCCGGGGGCUGGUAACAGCUCGUAAGACAACAAUCAACGAUAGGCUGGGUGAGUUUAAACCACGCCCAGUCUCUACUCUGACAGGACGGCUCCGAAGCCGGAACUACUACUGUCAUCAGGGUAUAUUAUAAUAUCUUUGUCAGGAACAAGUCAGUUCUCUGUUUUGCCCUGCGAGGUGGGACAGAGAGCCCGUAUAUACGAAAAUUGCAUUUACCAUUUAUUGCUUAGCUAAUAAAAAAUACAUAGUAUACAA